CGAUGAAGCCAUCAUCGAUUGCAUCGCGGCUAUGAGGGGUUUGAAGGAAUUAUCCUAUGUGUCAUCACAGCGCAAAGACCAGCAUGCCGAGACGUUGUCACGUCUUUUCAUGGAAAAGGUCUUGGUGCGGCAUGCGCCAUCUCUAGAGCGACUGUUCAUCUACGGAGGUGACAAGGGCCUUUGUUGUAUAGACGAGCACAACAUGAGCGCAGUUUUGGUUUGCCAGAAUCUCGUCACCCUGGGAGUCAUGGUGCAAUUUCAAGACGUCGCUGAUGGAAAAUUUAAGGUGAGUCAAGAUGUGCUCUGUUGUGUCGAAAACUUCUAGACACUGACCCUACUAUGUUUAUCACUAGCAAAUAUUCGACAUCAUAUCCCACCUCCCAAAGUUGUCUUCGCUUCAUGUGCAUGCACUGCAGGACCAUGCAUCACAGCUUGUGAUUAAAAGCCAGAUUCGAGUUCGUCUUUCCAUGCUCAGGGAACUCAGACAUUUGCCUUCCCAUGGAUACCCAACGACCCUGUUUCUAUAUAAUCGAGAAUAUCGCUUACAACUCACCCUGAACGGUAACUACACGUACA